AUGCACCUCCCUUCCCGCUUCACCUUCACCUUCACCUUCACCUUCCACAUCACAGGCUCCCCGCUCCUCUCGGGUACCCUGUUGACUAUGCCCCGAGGAAGGAAGGGAUCCCAGCAGGGAGAGCCCCCAGAGCUCCCGGAUCCCGACACUGAUAUCCUUCAGUCAAUGAACUGGAUGGAUGUAGAUGUCGCCUACCUAAGUGCAGAUAACCGAGCUCUUCACAACAACCUUGGGACCAUUGCCCGGCCCCUGACAGCGGUUCUUCAGGCUAUCCAAACUCAAGCUGAUACUCGCACUCGGUCCCAGUCAGUAACCUCCCGACGGUCUGUCAACACUGAGGAAGGAGAAGAUGCCAAGGAAGAGCUUGAAAUGGAGGAUAGCUCCCAGAAGCAGUUGGCGUUCCGGAACCAGUUGAAAGAGUAUGUAGAUAUUAUCAACAAAUACCACCAACUCUGGAUUCAAGAUUCUGAGGUUAUUAUGUAUCUCCACUUCAAUAAAGAAUACAAGGCUGGCGCCGAACGCCAGAAGAAGUCGUCGCUAAAGGGAAAGGGCAAGGACAACGACAACGACAACGCGGUCGAACCUCAUACGCCCCGUCAUGUUUCUACAACUACUAGCGCGGUUGAUGCUACGGACCGAUCAUCCUAUUCGCCCUCUGCGACUCUCUUUGCCUCUGGUGGCCGGUCGGGGAGACCGGCCGUGCUGGGAAGCGCGACGACCUCUGGAACCUUAGGACGUGGCACCUUGGGACGAGGACGGGGCUCGAGUCCCUUCGACUUUCCGACUCGUGGAGCGCUGGCUGUGUCGGGCUCUGGUUCCAAGCGACUUCGUCUCAGCCGACGAAGCGGAGUUGUUAUAAGCUCGGACUCGGACUUGGAUGAACAUCCUGCAAAGCGCUCUGGUGCCUCUGUUGCUGCGGGCGAUAGUGACGACGAUGAUGAUGAUCUUCCUGUCUUGGAGAAGUAG